AUGGAGAACCCGACACUACAACGGGAAGACCGUGAGGCACGCAAGCAGGCGGAGCGUGAUGUCCGCCAACUCGAGAAGGAGGCAGCACACCUGGUUAAGGACCGGGAGCAGACACACUCUGGGAAGCGCAGUGCCACAGUUCUCGACAACAAGGCUGAAAAGAUUCGUGAGAAGGCGCUAAACAAGGCGCGCUCGCAGAAGGACAAAGAGACUUCCGCCAGCCGCCAGCCGCGCGACAAAGAGCACCGACCGCGGCCUCAGCCACUGGACAUGCGCGGAGGUUCUACCCGACGAAAAGAUGUUGCGCCACCGGUGGAGAUGGCUGCUGCUUUGGCGCGUAUGUUCAGCGGCGACGAGAUCGAGACGCCACUGGUAAGUCCUGCCAUCGGUCCCUCAACAGUCCACGCCAAAUACCACAACAAGGUGGUAGCGGUCAAGCAGCCGACGAUCCAUUGGCCUCAUUCGCCCUCGUCCGUCCCAGUUCCCACUCGGGAGUUGAAGCCAAAGGCGGACAGGCACGACGGUAAGCACCCAAAGAAGACUGCUGACAAGGACAGACAGAGAACUAAGGAGAACAAGAGGAGCUGGCUUGCUGGUCUGCGCGAGGCACCGUCCAUCGAGUCCUUCGUCUGCAAUGACGCGCGUGAGAUAGAGCGAGGUUUGUAG